UUUCUCCAACAACGACCACGGCCUUGCAUUCUCUAUUGGUGGACGUUCAUUGAUAUAAAAACGAAAUAGAAGAACCAUGGUUUACUGGGUCUUCGGCUACGGGAGUUUGAUCUUCAAACCUCCACCACAUGCAGUGGAACAAAUAUCUGGUUAUGUGAAGGGUGUGGUCCGCAGGUUUGCCCAGUCAUCGAUUGAUCACCGUGGAACGCCCGAGCAUCCAGGCCGAGUUGUCACAGUCGUGGAAGCAAAGGUGUGGCAUGGUCUAGAAGGCAUCACACUGAAAGAUGAUGAAAUAUUGCCUGACGACUAUGUGUGGGGUAUCGCCUAUCGAAUAGACUCAGAGAAAGCAGAGGAAGUCAAAGCAUACAUGGAGUAUAGAGAAAAGCACGGUUACACCUGCCAUCUUGUUCCUGUAUAUACCCGAUCAGCCGAUGGGAAGCAAGAAGUUAUCGCUGUUGAAAGUUCAACCAUUUGGAUAGGUGAACCCGAAGACCCAGCGUUCGGUGAGCUUCUGUUAUUCUUCUCCUGCAAAAUGACUGACGCAGCACGCCAUUUAGUUGGUUUCGAACCCUUAGAUACUCUCGCGAAGACCGUCUUGGAAAGUGAAGGCCCAUCUGGGCCUAACAAAGAUUAUCUUUUCAAGCUUGCGGAGAGUGUACGACAUCUAUAUCCUCAUGUAAAGGACGAUUAUUUGUUCAAUCUAGAGCGUGCUGUUAGAGCGCUAGAUAUCACACAAGGAUAGAAUCAAGAUCUAUACAUGCAUUGCAUUAUAGGCAGCACAGGCGAGAUAUGCAUUUCGAGUAGUUACGGGCGAAACGAAUCUUUCUUCGCCAUUCGACGAUGAUAUUUCGAAGCCUAGGCAUCAUGUACACCCCGUAAGUUGCCUGCUUAAAUCCAGUCAAUGUCGCCAGUCUUAUACAUAGCCCCAAAAUAUUUAGUUUACAACCCAUCACCGACUGCCUCGUUUGCCUUUUCAAGCUCUGCCUUUUCAUUGUAAAGACCUUCACGACGGCUUACGGACUUGGGGUCGUAGAAUGGCCUCUCACCCACGGAAACAGACCUGGUUCCAACUCGAACGUUCUUGUCCAGGUCAUAAGUGGCAGAGUCUAAAACGCGGUCAGCACUAGUGUGGGUAAGUGAACGGUAAAUGGUACUCACGGAAAGUGCAUCUGUUGUCCCAGAUGGCCUAUUGCAGCGAAUUCACGUCAACAAAUUCUCCCGCCAAAAUACCUUAAUCAACUUGGGACUUACAAGAUUGUUCUCCUCCCAUCGGAAUCGGACCUGAAGGUCGUGGUUACCAUCGAUGUGCUCAUAAAGGAAUCCGAGCAAACGGUCAGAUUCAUGAGGAGUCAAUUCGUUAAUCUUCUUGGUAAAGACUCGGUUGACAAAGAGACCCUUCCAGCCGGUGACGGGGUUGGUCCUGAUGACAGGAUGGACAGCGCUCAAGUGCUGGCCGACGUUCUCAGGAGCACCUCGCGGCUCUCGCAAGGUGGCGUUGGUCUUGCGGGCCAUGUCAAUGAAAUGUUGACCGACGUGGGUGGCAGUGAGACCUUCGAGGAAGGUCCUGUAUGCGGGGGAAAGACGGUCGUACGCCUCGUAAGAGGAAGCCCAGAGAGUGUCACCUGAGUCAUGGUUCUGAUCUGAAGAGUGGCGUAGUCAGAAGGGUGGGGCUCAAAGAGAGUAUUGCCGAAAGGUCUCUUCAAAACAGUGUCAUCACUUUUCUGGAAGUUCUUGUCGAAAACGAAUUGGUUGGAGAUAACGCUAAUCUCAUCACCAAGCUCACUUCCGCCAAGAGUAAGAGGGUGGACGUGUAGACCACUAGUCUUGGGCUUUCCUCCAAGGGCACCAAGAGCCUCUAUAAGAUCCUUCUGCUCUACAGGGGAGAUCGUGGCGUCACGGAAGAAGACGACACCUCGCUCAGAACUACGUCUUCAGUUAGUCGCAACUCCUGCGAUGAGCCGUUCAGCAUACUUACACAAGCCGCCCGAGGGCCUUCAAUCGCUCAUCAUUCCCAAGGAUGUCUCGAAUACUCAAUACCGGCUUGCCAUCCUUGGAAGGAGAGUCUCGGAACUCAGUACCAAUACUGGGGGUGGAGUCAAAGUGAGAGUAUGCUCGAAGGUCGAAGGGCGUCUCCUUGUUCACAUCGACGGCAGCAAGGCCAGCCUUGAUGGACUCAACAGGGUCGGUGAGGGAAGUUGCGAGGGCGACAGGCAUCGUUGUUGGUUAGAAGGGUAAAUGUAUGUGGCGCUGAUCUUAUAAGUGAUUUAUUGACCGCUUGAGUGAAUGAUUAGAUGAUUUCGCUUUUGACCGAUAACCAACGAUGACAAUGGGAUGUCGUUGUCUUCGUUUUAUAUCACACGAAGGGGUCGCACGCUUUUAAUCGUCAAUAUUGCACAAGCUCGGCACAAGUUGGCGUUACCUCGUUGCAGUUGUUUUCCCUGGGGUUAUUCAAUAGAAAAAUCAGCCGGGUUCUUUUCCCAGACGGCCAGCUGACGAGUAAGGAUUAGUUGCGAAUGAUGAUGAUGUUCGCAGUUGCAGAUCUUGCCUUUGCGGGUUGUUGGUUUUUGUGCGGUCCUGGUCGUUUUACCCGCUAUUAUUGGGAUGGUGUAGAGUUCACGUUUGUAUGUUGGGUUCAAAAAUUCGGAAUUUGUUCUCCAGGAUCUGGAAUAGUUCGAGGUGCAUGACUUUAUAGUAUGGUAAAUAUCACCUUUGGGACGUGAGG